AAAUCUAAGUGCUUUAUAUUAGAAAGAAGGUUUUGAAAGGAUUUGAAACAAAAUAAAUUUCUGACUUGUGUCCAUACUUGCUAAUUAAUUCAAAUUUCUAUUUUACUUUUGCUUUCAAAAUGGAUGUCCUUUGGAGGAUGUGGAUUUUUCUAUUACUCAGAAAUUUUCACUGUGAUGCCGUGGUCCCAUGCAGUCCUAACUGUAUAGACAUGGAAUUCGAUGGGAAUGGAAUUUGCACCCGUGGGUGUAUCGAAGGAUACUGGGGAAAUAAAUGUCUAAAUGAAUGUCCAUCUUCUUGUUCCAGAAGAGUCUGCAAUCGAACUAACGGGCUGUGUUCCUCCUGUAAAGAGGGGUAUUAUGGACAGAGAUGCGAAAAAGAAUGUUAUUUGUUUAUUAGAUGCUAUAAACGAACAUGUGCGCAAGACAGUGGGUACUGUAGAAUGGGAUGUGUACCGGGUUAUUAUGGGAUUUUCUGUGACAACUCUUGUGGAAACUGCAGCAGUGAUACAUGUGACAAAUCAAAUGGACAUUGUGGGACCUGCAAUAAAGGAUUUUAUGGAGAAAAGUGCGACAUGAAAUGCAGUAACACUUGCUUUAAUCAGGAAUGUAGAAAAAUAAAUGGACACUGUAGUAAUGGCUGCUACAGGGGGUUUUAUGGUUCAUCCUGUGAAGCGCCAUGUAGUAGGAAUUGUGCAAAAAUUGAAUGCCUUCAAAGUGGAGUUUGUAUUGGCGGAUGUAAACCAAAUUGGUCAGGAGAAAAAUGCGACAGAUGUGAAUUCGGACACUACGGACCAGAUUGCUCCAAGCUAUGUAGUGUUAAUUGUAAAAGACGAACUUGUGACGAUGUAACUGGAUCCUGUACAUAUGGAUGUAUAAAUGGGUUCUAUUCAGAUAAAUGUGAAAAGAGUUGCAGUUUAUCAUGUCCGUCAACUUUUAAUAGAAACUCAGAGGAAUAUGAAGGCGAAUGUCCGGUUGGAAAAUAUGGAACAUAUUGCAAUAAAACUUGUAAAUAUAAUUGUAAAAUGGGAUGCAGUAAAUUCAGUGGAUUAUGCGAUUUUGGAUGUAUAACCGGGAAAUUUGGAGUUGAUUGUCUCCAAAACUGUGCUGAUGGGUGUUUAUCCGGUUGUCUUCAAGAAGAUGGUAGUUGCGCUUGUAAAUUAGGAUGGCAGGGUCAAAAAUGUGAUGAAUGCAGCCUAACUCAUUACGGACCACAAUGUGAUCAGCUAUGUAGUCCAAUGUGUUUAAACAAAAUCUGUUUUUCAAACAACGGGUCGUGUAUGAGGGAACUCCAAAGCAAUCUUACAGAUGACAAACCUUUUUCUGAAAUCAACGAGAUGUUAGAGAACUGUUCAACAGCUCUCUAUGGAGUUAUUGCAACGCUCUGUAUAAGUAUUAUUGUCAAUAUUGUUUUUAUAUUGAGGACUAUCAGGCAAAAUUUUUCUCACAAAGAAAAGCAGGAAACCAGACGACAAAAUUCAAUACGAUAUGCUAACACAGCUAUGUAUGCCGAAGUGGAAGUUAAUGCAGGUUAUCUAGAACUUGGACAAUUGAGUCAACCUUCUCAUUAUGAUGGACUCAAGUGAUUGUUUGAAUAAAAAUUGAUUGAUUUAUUGACAUUUUUCCUCCCCAUUAGAAAACCUUGAAGUCUCAUCCAAAAGCCCGCAAAUUUCAUUUCAACCUUCCGAGUACUUGGCGAAAAUGAAGAUCUACAUUUUAUCGAUAGGUUUUGCGUGGCUGAGGUUUCAACCCACGACCGUAUCAUCAAAGAGCGUAUAUUCCACUAAGUUGUCUUCAUGAUGGGUGACCUAAAUUGAAUCUACGUCUAAGUUUGUUUAAAUUUUAACUUUUGAAUUUGUAAUGGAAUUUUCAUUUUUACGGGAGAAGAUGAGAAUGUUUU